AUGAUCACUGACUGGACUCUACCGCUCCGCAAGGUGCCCACACACGCCACCAAGGACCCCUCAAUUGCGUGGAAUACGGUCCAUCUAUGCUAUGAGCAGCGUUUUUUCGGUCAGAUCACGAGUUUGCGCUACGACCACGCCGGUUUGUUGCUGGGAGGCACUUCCACAAAUCAAUUUGCGCUCCUGCGUGUGCCUCAGAAGAAUGGCGUAGUCGUAAAUGAGCAGACAGAGCGCAAGAAUUACUCCAUCCGCUUCCGAGAAGAUGACAAGCUUUACAUUCAAGCUGUAGAUCAGCGCGUGGUUGUGCGGUCCCCGGAGACCGCGUUCGAGCGGCAGUAUCUAGGACAUUCGCGGGAUGUGCGCUCCGCCAUUUUUAUUGGACGCCACAACUUCGCGUCCGCGAGCGACGACACGACAGUUAAGCUAUGGGAUCUGAUGAGUGAUGAUGAGCUCGGUGCGGCUCGUAUUCACACCGACUACGUGCGCUGCCUUGAGCCGUACUCUGGUGGCUCGUUCUUGAGCGGGUCCUAUGAUCACCGAGUGAACUUGUGGGACCCCCGAACCGGCAUGGACGCGCCGUUGCAAACCUCAGGGGGCGUCAUUACGCAAGCGGUGGAGGCACUGUGCUUCGUGCCAAAUGAAGAGAUUGUGGCUGUGGGUGCUGGCGAUCGCCUGGUCAUCUUUGACCCACGCAAGGGCCUCGGUACACCCUUGUUUCAGGGCUCAUUUCAUACCAAGUCAGUUGUUGCGGUGGCCUACUCGGAAAAACUGCGCAGUCUCCUCACCGGAUCGCUGGAUUGCCGCGUGAAAAUGUUCUCACUUAACGGCAGUGAGCUGCGCUGCAUUGCGAAUAAGCGUUUUGAAAACGGUGUGACAUCGCUGGCUGUUCACCCUAGCUCGACGGAGUACGCCGUGGGUAGCACCACAGGCGAGCUCAGCGUAUACCGCUUCAAGGAGGCGGAAGGGUUAGUGGACGACGUUCCGGAAGAAUUCGUUCUGGAAAGGGAGAAACCGCGGUCGAAGGAGCAGGUUAUGCGAGACAAGAUGAAAGAGGUUCAGUUCCUCCUCGGACGCUAUCAGUAUGGCAAAGCGCUCAAGACCGCUUUGUACUCCCGACACCCCGAUGUCCUCGUUUCCACGUUUGAGGAGCUUGUGCGUCGAGGCGCGCUGCACAUCGCGCUGAACAACCAAAACGACCGAACUGUUGUGCGCGUUCUUCGCUUUGCCACUCACUACGUCGAGAUGCCGCAGUUCACGGACACAAUGUUUGCCGUGUUUGAGACUAUUUUCGACAUCUACAGCGCCUAUGUGGGCAAAAGUGUCUUUUUUCACCGCGAGAUUCUGAGCGCACAAAAGAAGAUCGGCGCGUCUCUCGCGGUUAUGCAGCGCAUGGAAAGGACUAUGGGCAUUAUGGAGAUGAUUGUGCAUUCGGAAUAG